AUGGAUGCUUUGUCGAACAGAGAUUGUUUGCUGUGUGAUGCACCGGAUGGGGCUGACGAAAACAUGGUGCAGUGCGACGACUGCAAGCUGUGGGUGCAUUUUCGUUGUGCCGAAGUUGAUGAGAGCAUACGGGAUAAACCAUGGAGCUGUCCACAGUGCAUGAAUCGGCUACGUGUUCCGGAGCAAACGAAGCAGAAGAAAUCUACCAAGAAGUCUGGAUCUGGAUCUAAGAGCGAUGCUGGAUCCGUGAAAAGCCUGGUUUCGGUGAUAGAGGAGCUGGAGAAGGAACAGUUUGCUAAAGAGAAGGCUUUAGAGGAAGAAAGAGUCGUGCGUGAGAAGCGGAUGGAGAUGGAAAAAGUCCUAAAGGAAAAGCGUAUGAAGUUCGAAAGGGAAAUGCGAGAGAAGGAAUUGAAGCAGGAACGCGAGCUGCAGGAGAAAGAACUUCUACAGGAGCGAGAAAUGCUUGAAAGGAGGCUGGCUGCCGAGGAAGAUUUCCUUAAGAAACAACAUACGUUGCGCGAGCGGUUCCAAAAUGCGAAGGAGAAGGUUUCGGGUGGAUGGAAAGAAACGGAUGGUGCCGUUGGUGGACACCGUACCGCUCAACAGAAUACUGACCUGGAGCCGUCGGUAGGUUUAACCAAGUCUGAGGUUGAACACAUGGUGCAAAAUUGGCUGCAGAACAAUGGUACGGCUCACACGAAAUAUCCUCUAGGAGCGUAUCCCAAAGGAACGGUGGUGCAAGAAAAUACGGUGCAUUCGAAGAAGAAGCUGUCGAAACUGGAGCAACUCAAGGCGCUGCUGGAACAAGAGGAUUCUCAAGAAGAGGAGGAUAGCAAAACGAUGUGUAGCUCCGAUGACGAGGAAUCACACAAGACAUCGGUUACGCAGAGAAAGGAUAAACGGCACAGAGGCAACGGGUCGGGGCAGCGGUUGAGUCAAGAACAACUCGCUGCACGGCAGUAUAUGUCCAAGCAGCUCCCAAUCUUCAAAGGAGAGCCUGAAGUCUGGCCGUUAUUUAUAAGCAGCUUUGAGAACACCACCAAUGCGUGUGGUUUUUCGAACCUGGACAAUCUGAAAAGACUACAAGACUGUUUGCAAGGUGAGGCACUAGAAGCUGUCAGAAGUCGUCUGGUUAUGCCAGAAUCCGUUCCGGACGUACUCAACGAUCUCCGAAACCUUUUCGGGAAGCCAGAAAAGCUUCUUAAAGCGCUAUUAACUAAGGUUCGAAAGGCUCCGUCGCCGAAAAUCGAGCAACUUGGAACCUUCAUCCAUUUCGGAAUAACCGUGAAACAGUUAUGCGACCAUUUGGAGGCAGCUGGGCUAGCAGACCAUUUGAAUAACCCCAUGCUGGUCCAGGAACUGGUGGAUAAGCUUCCGCCAAGUUACAAGUUGGAUUGGGUACGCUACAAGAGGUACAGUCGUGGUACCCCACUGCGAAUGUUCACUGAUUUCAUCAGCGAUGUGGUUUCGGAUGUGUCGGAAGUGGCAGACUACACGGGGGCGAAUCUUCGUGAAGCAGUACUUGCAAGAAACCGCAACGAUAAAAGGAAGGAGUUUGUUCACAUGCACAACACUUCCUCCAAGGGUGAGACACCACAGGGUAAUAAGGUGGCCAAGCCUUGCUGGAUGUGUAAGAGGUUGGAUCAUAAGGUAAGGUUUUGCGACGAUUUUAAAAAACUGAAUGUUACGGAACGAUUGAGGCUGGUAGAGAACCUGAAGCUGUGCGUAUUGUGUUUAAACGCCCAUGGGAAAAGCCGAUGCAGCUUCAAGUUGCGCUGCAAUGUGGGUGAUUGUCAGGAGUACCACCACCCCCUUUUGCAUCGUGCUCGGGAAUCGGUUCAAGUGGUAGAAUGCAAUGCACAUAACCGUUUAAAUCGGUCGGUCAUCUUUAGAAUGGUACCAGUAACGCUCUCGGUGGGGGAUUUGUCACUAGAUACACUGGCGUUCCUCGAUGAAGGCUCAUCCGUGACAUUAGUGGAGGACAUCGUCGUAAACCAUCUCCAGGUGAAAGGCGUUCCGGAACCGUUGAUAGUAUCGUGGACCGGGAAUAUGAAACGGUAUGAAGACGGCUCCAGGCGGGUUAAUUUGAUGCUAGCGGCGAGAGGUUCUAGUCAGAAGUUGCUGAUACAAGGGGCACGUACAGUGUCCGAAUUAGUUCUGCCAAAACAAGAUGUGCGAUUCCAGGAUAUCACCGAGCGCUAUCCCCACCUGCGUGAUUUGCCCAUAAUGGAAUCGGGACCCGACGAGCCGAAAAUCAUGAUUGGUCAACCUGGAGAACCGAUCGGAGUCAGGACAAAGUUGGGGUGGACAAUUUACGGUCCUGAAAAGCUGAUUAGGAUGGAGGAUGCUCGUGUAAACUUUCACACUACCUGUUCCGUGACCAACCAAGAGCUGCAUGAUAUAAUUCGUGUGCAGUACAGUCUCGAAGAAAUGGGUGUCCCGGCCUCCGCUGUUCCAGAAUCCAACGAAGAUCGUCGGGCGCGAGAAAUCCUACGAACGACUACAACUCGUGUCGGUGACCAGUUUGAGACAGGUUUGCUCUGGCGACGUGAUGCAAGAAGCUUUCCUGACAGCUACGGAAUGGCGAAACGACGAUUGAUAGGUUUAGAGCGAAAGUUGGCAAAGGAUCCUCAGCUGCAGGAGGUUGUAAGGCGCCAAAUUAAGGAAUAUCAAAUGAAGAAGUAUGCGCACAUAGCUACGCAAGAGGAGCUGGCCAAAUCCGAUCCAGCCACAGUAUGGUAUCUACCACUAAAUGUGGUUAAACAUCCCCACAAGCCUGAAAAGGUACGCCUCGUGUGGGACGCUGCAGCGAGAGUCCAAGGUGUUUCGCUGAACUCGGAGUUGCUCAAGGGUCCUGACAUGCUGUCUCCGCUUCCGUCCGUACUCAGUCCUUUCCGAGAGCGCCGUGUUGGAUUUGGUGGUGACGUGAAAGAAAUGUACCACCAAUUAAGGAUACGGAAGGAAGACAAACAGGCUCAACGCUUUCUUUUCUUUACCGAACCGGGAGACUCUGAGCCGCAGGUUUAUGUUAUGGAUGUUGCGACAUUUGGAUCAACUUGCUCGCCGUGCUCCGCUCAGUUUAUAAAGAACUUAAACGCGGAGGAGUUUUCCGGACAAUUUCCGGAUGCUUUCGACGCUAUAACAAACCGUCAUUACGUAGAUGAUUACUACGAUAGCGCGGACACUCCGUCAGAAGCAGUGAAGCUGGCCAAGGAAGUUAAAUAUGUGCACUCGAGAGGAGGAUUCCAUAUUCGGAAUUGGGUGAGCAAUUCGGAAGCAUUCGUUCAAGAAAUGGGUGAAGAAGACAUUGUCCAUACCGUCCAUUUGAAAGAUAAAGCUGCUGGUACUGAUCGAGUUCUCGGAAUCAUCUGGAACACGAAAGACGAUACCUUUUCGUUCGUCGCUCCAUCCCGGAAGAACGAUGACGAGCAUCCGACCAAACGUGGCAUCCUGAGCUGUGUCAUGUCGGUGUUUGAUCCAAUGGGCCUCUUGUCACCGUUCACAGUGCUCGGUAAAAUGCUCAUACAGGAUUUGUGGAGAACUGGGUGUGAAUGGGAUGCACCUAUUGACAAAAUUUCGCUCGUUAAGUGGCAGAACUGGGUCCAGCAGAUGUCGAUGAUCGAAGCGGUGAGAAUUCCAAGAGCAUAUUUCGGAGAUGCAACAACAGAUCAGCUGCGCGAAAUACAAUUACAUGUGUUUACCGACGCUAGCGAAGCCGCUUACGGUUGCGCUGCAUACUUUCGGGUCGUGGUGCGUGGAGAGGUUCGAUGUGUUUUGGUGAUGAGCCGCACGAAAGUGGCGCCGCUUAAGCAAUUAACAGUUCCACGAUUGGAGCUCCAAGCCGCGGUGUUGGGAGCGAGACUAGCGAAGAUGGUAUGCAGCAAUCACAGAAUCGUAAUCACGAAGCAAAUUUUCUGGUGCGAUUCACAGACAGUACUUUCCUGGAUACGUUCCGAUCAGCGUAGGUAUAAGCCUUUUGUGGGAUUUCGAAUUGGCGAAAUUCUGGAACUCACAAGGUUGUCGGAUUGGCGAUGGGUGCCGACAAAUCACAACGUUGCAGAUAAGCUAACGAAGAAGAGCCGUGAAUGGGAUUUCGAGGUGGGCAGCACCUGGUUUAACGGUCCAAAGUUCUUGUACCAAGAUGAAGCGGAAUGGCCACAGCAACCUGCGAUACCAACAAUCGUCGAGGAAGAUCUGAGAGCCGUCUACCUAUUCCAUGACAUUGCUAUACCGCAACCCCUAGUAGAUGUUCAGCGAAUCGAUAAGUGGACCGUGUUGGUGCGCGUGAUGGCAUGCGUGUUUCGCUUCAUUUCAAAUUGUAAAAUAAAGAAAGAAGGGUUGCCGAUUGAGACUCUCAAACCGACAAAACAACAAGAAAAGGUAUUGCUCAAUUGCGGAACAGCGAUUCGGACACCGUUGAAACAGGACGAAUUCCGUAAAGCAGAGUGUUUCCUGAUAAAAACUGCUCAGGCGGAGGCAUACGCGGACGAGCUUAAAGUGUUGCUGAAAAAUCAAGGACAGCCUUCGGAUCGAUGGUACGCGUUGGAGAAAUCCAGCCCACUUUACAAGAUUACGCCGAUGAUCGAUAGUGAUGGAAUCAUUCGCAUGGAAGGAAGAGCAAAGGACGCCGAGGCAUUGCCGUUUGAUCUACGCUUCCCCAUCAUUCUUCCAAAGGGUCAUGAAGUGACAAGAAAGUUGGUUCAGCAUUACCACAAAAGGUGUGGACAUACCUUUCGCGAAACUGUAAAAAAUUACCUACGUCAACGCUACUACAUUGAGAACGUUAAUGCAGUCGUGAAGAAGGUGUCAGCCAGUUGCAUUUGGUGCAAGGUGCACCGGAAUCAACCUAGAAUUCCUAGGAUGGCACCGUUACCGAUCGAAAGGCUUUCUCCCCAUCUUCGCUCGUUCAGCUAUGUCGGAGUCGAUUAUUUUGGACCCAUUGAGGUGAUUGUUGGACGCAGUCGGCAGAAAAGGUGGGUUGUUUUGUUCACCUGCUUGGUAGUUCGUGCAGUACAUCUCGAGAUUGCGUACGAUCUGUCAGCAGCCUCAUGCCUUAUGGCCAUCCGAAGACUCGUGUGCCGCCGUGGACCUCCACUGGAAUUCAUUUCCGACAAUGGCACCAAUCUGAAAGCAGCCAGCAAAGAAAUCAUCGAGAAGAUUCGUUUCAUCGAGGAAGAAUGCGCCGAAGCAGUUACCGAUGCCCGCACUAGGUGGAAAUUCAUCCCUCCUGCCACUCCCCACAUGGGAGGCUCUUGGGAGCGCCUCGUCAGGACCGUGAAAGACGCUCUAAGAGCGUUUGACGAUGGAAAAAGAUUGACUGAUGAGAUCCUACAAACGUCUAUUGCGGAAGCGGAGGAUCUAGUCAACUCUCGUCCCCUUACAUAUGUUGCCGAGGGUUCGAUCGACGCGCUAAGCCCUAACCAUUUCUUGAAAGGUGUGUCACCGAACGAACCACUCAUGGUUCCCCCGCCGCCACAUUCUGCUGAGGCUCUUCGCAAUGCCUACCAUCGGUCACAGCAGCUGGCCGAAGAGUUAUGGAGACGAUGGAUUCAAGAGUAUGUGCCAAUGAUCAAUCGACGUAGCAAGUGGUUUAGCGAGGCUCAACCAUUGAAGGUAGGCGACGUGGUUUACGUUGUGGAUGGCAAGAACCGGAAGCUGUGGGUUCGCGGAAUCGUUGAGGAGCUGAUAACAUCCAAGGAUGGCAGGAUUCGGCAAGCUUGGGUCCGAACCAACAGCGGUGUCUUCAGGAGGGCAACAGUUAAGCUAGCGGUUUUGGAAAUUAAUGGUGGUAACGCUGGACCGGAUGAAGGGAUCGGACCAGGAUUACGGGUCGGGGAUCUGUUGGGAGCAACACCGCUGGGCUUACCUAUUGCCCCUGGAGAAAAGUGCGAUCGAGAGAGUGACGGACCGAUUUGA